UGCGCGCAGGUACAGACACCUGAUCCCGGUCAGGUGGCCCCUCCCUCUGGGCUCUGGCCCCUCCUCAGAGCCUCACCUGCCGCGCGGUGCGCACUUGGGACAGGAGGACGGUAUGGAGCCGGUGUACCGGGGCCUGGGUCGGUGCGCGUGCUGUUUUUGGCUCGCGGUGGUGUUUGACGCGCUCGGGCUGCUCGUGCUGCUGCUCGGGGUCUUUGUGAACGUUUUCUUCUAUGACCUGCUCAUUUACGCGGGCGCCAUCAUCAUCUUCCUCAGUCUGGUGUGGUGGAUUUUCUGGUACUCGGGAAACAUCGAGGUUCCUCCCGCGGAGCUGGAGGACGACGUGGGGCUCCUCCCGAAGAAGCGCGGGGCUCUGGGGGCGCUGGGCGGGGCCGUGCGCCGCCUGUCCACGCGCCUGUCCCGCAGAGUGUCCAGAGCGUCCGGCUCUGUCCGCGGCUCCUUUAGGAGGAACGGCCGCGCGCACGGCUCCGGAGAACAGGUGACACGGGUGGACGUCACCAUGGCAACAGUGACAACGGAGCGCGUGCCUCCCCCAGAGACCCUGCCCGCGUGAACGCGCACAGAGUCCUGGUCCCGAGUCCUGGUCCCGAGUCCUGGUCCCGAGUCCUGGUCCCGAGUCCUGGUCCCGAGUCCUGGUCCCGAGU